AAAUUCAAAUAGUCAACAAUAAAAUAGCAUAAUAAACACCUACAUUUAAUAUUCAUAUAUGUAUAUAUACACACAUACAUAUGCAUGUACAUAUGUGAAAUUAAAAGAUAGUCAAACCGAGACCCAACAACUACCAGCAGCCACAUUUAAGUUUUAUGCGCAAUUUGUCGGUUGAUUAUUUCACACACACACGCACAACGACUCCACUACAACCACACCUGCAGGCAACAGCAUACAUUGUUCCUUACCUGUGCCCCGGCGACAACAACAAAGCGAGGAGAUAGUGCAGAUACAUGUAUAUGUAUGUAGUGGAGUGUAGCAGACGUAGGAGAGUACGAAAGAGCACAUUAGCAUAUUAAACGCCUUCAGUGAAGGAUACUCAAGUGGCGCUCACAGUUAUCUGUCUCCAGUGUCGUCACGCGUAAGCAAGCCAACAAACACGUCAAACACUCAAUACUCAUACGCUCAACUAUACUUUGCUUCACUUGACACAACGAAACGAAGGAAACUUGAUACUCGAUACUUGUUGCCGGAAACGGGAAACGGGAAAAGCAGGAAAAUGGAAACGCUACAAAAGUCAUUUUUCAUGCUGCUCUUCACUAUAUGCCUUACAUUAAGUGCCGCUUUAGAAGAGGACUGCAUUGACUUCCAAGGCAAUUCGGUCAAUCAUGGCAUGUUGUAUGUGCCCGGACCGGGUGUUUGCAGUUUGUGUGUUUGCUAUCACUCAGAGCCGCUCUGGUGCAAGGCGAUCUACUGUGAUCCACCAUAUUUCUGUAAGAACUUCCGUGUAGGCGAACGUUGCUGUGAAUUCGAAUGUCUGGAUCCGCCUGGCGAGGAUAAUAAAUAUCAGGAACGCAUGCGAAAACGCGCCGAAAUAUUGGCUGGCAAUAGCACCGCCUCGUUGCAUCGCAUCACGCCGCUCGCCGUGUCCACCAUCGUGUUUACAGUUAUAACAAAUAGCUUCCUCAAUUUAUAACUUCAAGCGAUGCAGUGCGAAGGAGGGACAAUCGGUGGCUGGUGAAGUGUGUGGGAGCAGAAGAGAUGGGGAGAGGUGUAAAAUUGCUCUCAAUUAUAACAUAUGUACAUAUAGACGUACAUACCUACAUAUAAAGUAGAAAUGGGAUGCGCCUUAAACAUGAUUGUUGUUGUUGUUGUUGUAGCAAGGAAACGGUCGAUCGUUUGAUGGUGGUUGGGGUAGUAACAAAUUUUUGGCAGUUAAGAAUAUUUACUAACACUGUAGUAGCGUCUAGAAGAUAUAUAUGUAUACAUACAUACAUAUUUAUGUGCUUAGUAUGUAUACACAUACAUACAUACGUAUGUGUGCAUAUGAAUUAAGCACAUUUUUUUACAUACAUAAAUACAUACAUACAUACUUCGAUAUAACAAUAAAUCAGUGCAAAAUUCAAAGAAAAUGUGAAGAAAACGAUCUUAGUGAAUAUCAGAAAUCUGAAAAUGAAAACAAAAAAUAUAUAAAAUUUGAUUGUAACAAAAUAG